AUGGAUGGAAUCGAAUUCUUUAAGGAAUGCUCUAUUCCACUCCAUCGGACAACCCUAACAUCUUUUCUUUUUCUAACCAAGGAAACGAACAAUUACAUUCCUUCUAUGAUUCCAUCAUACCAAACAGGUGUGUCAAUGGCUGAACAAUCAAACACCACUUUGACAGGUUUUGCAAUCAAGAGUGAAAUCUAUGCUUUUGGAGUGGUACUGUUGGAAAUACUAACAGGGAUGAAGGUGUAUGAUAUAAGGAGACCCUUUCGAAAGCAUAAACUAGUGGAAUGGGCUAUUCCAUUGCUAGCAGAUGAGGUUAAUUUGAGUGUAAUUAUGGACCCACGACUUCAAAAUAUUGAUUGUCCUCCAAAGGAAGCAUUUAUGUUCGCUCAACUUAUUUCAAAUUGUCUUCAAGCAAAACAAGACAAACGCCCAUCAAUGGAAUACAUAGCGCACGGCUUGCAUCAUUGCUACCAAAAUGAAAUCAAAACAGUUUGA